AUGGCCACCGCAAUGGCCCAGGGAGGUGGUAAUGCUGCUUUCAAGGAUAAGGAGAAGCCCAUGGCGGUGCGGCAAUCUAAUAUCCUCGCAGCCCGGGCUGUCGCCGACGCCAUUCGCACGUCUUUGGGACCCAGGGGCAUGGAUAAGAUGAUUCAAACUCCCAAGGGAAACACGAUUAUCACCAAUGAUGGAAACACCAUGUUGAGGGACAUGAGCGUGAUGCACCCAGCUGCUCGUAUGCUGGUUGACCUCAGUGCCGCACAAGAUGUCGAAGCCGGUGAUGGUACUACAUCAGUUGUCGUCAUUGCCGGUAGCCUGCUGGGUGCCGCUGAAAAGCUGCUUUCCAAGGGUAUUCACCCCACAGUUAUUUCCGAAUCCUUCCAGCGUGCUGCCGGUGCCGCUGUUGAGAUCCUCCACAACAUGUCGCGCCCUAUCAAUCUCACCGACCGUGCUACCCUCCUCCAAGCCGCCUCGACCUCCCUCUCCUCGAAGAUCGUUUCUCAACACUCCAGUCUGCUGGGUCCGAUGGCCGUUGACUCCGUGCUCAAGGUUGUUGACCCCAAGACAGCUGAGAAUGUCGAUCUGCGCAACAUUCGCAUUGUGAAGAAAGUCGGAGGUACUAUCGAGGAUAGUGAAAUGAUUGAUGGCUUGGUGUUGAACCAGCCUGUCAUUAAGAGCAGCGGUGGACCUACAAGAAUUGAGAAGGCUCGGAUAGGACUCAUUCAAUUCCAGCUGAGUCCGCCCAAGCCAGACAUGGAGAAUCAAAUCGUUGUGAACGAUUAUCGUCAGAUGGACAAGAUCUUGAAGGAAGAGCGCCAGUACCUGUUGAACAUGGUCAAGAAGAUCCAGAAGACCAAGUGCAAUGUGCUCCUCAUUCAGAAGUCUAUUCUUCGAGAUGCUGUCAAUGACCUGUCCCUGCACUUCCUUUCACGCCUGAAGAUUCUGGCCAUCAAGGACAUCGAGCGCGAUGAGGUGGAAUUCCUUUGCAAGACUCUCGGCUGCAAGCCAGUGGCCAAUGUCGACUCUUUCACCGAGGACAAGCUGGGUACCGCCGAUCUUGUGGAAGAAGUCCAGGCCUCUGGAGCCCGCUACGUCAAGAUCACAGGCAUCAAGCAACAGCCCAGUGCCGUUAACAACCAGACUGUCUCCAUUGUUGCUCGUGGUGCGAAUAGUCUCAUUCUCGAUGAGGCUGAGCGCUCCCUCCACGAUGCGCUCUGUGUCAUUCGCUGUCUGGUGAAGAAGCGCGCUAUGAUUGCUGGUGGUGGUGCCCCCGAAAUUGAGGUUGCUCAUACACUUGCCAUGCGAGCUCGUGAGCUGACUGGCACUGAGGCUAUUUGCUGGAAGGCUUUUGCAGAUGCGAUGGAAGUGAUCCCCACCACACUCGCGGAGAACGCCGGCCUUAACUCCAUCAAGGUUGUGACUGACCUGCGUCACCGUCACGCUCAGGGUCAGCACAAUGCUGGUGUCAGCAUUCGCAGCGGUGGUGUCAAGGAUGACAUCACCGAGGAGAACAUCUUGCAGCCCCUGCUGGUUAGCACAAGCGCUAUCGAGCUGGCCGCCGAGACGGUGAAGAUGAUCAUGAGAAUUGAUGACAUUGCUUUGUCGCGGUAA